GUGGACCUGGCUCCUUCCCGGGUGGGGUCUGCCCUUUCCCAGGUGGGGAGUGCAGCCCCGCCUCUCAGGGCCUCUGCCUGUUUCCAUGGGGAGGUCAGGAAAGCACAGCCCGAGUUGGUUGUUUUCUGUCCUCAGCCAUUCAGUGGGGACUCCAGUCACAGGGAAGCAGGUGACACUCCAGACCAACUCCCUGAGGAGUCAGGCCACCCCCACCCCUGCCCUCAGGGCUUGGAGUGGAAGAAGGAAGUGCCAGCGUUUCUCAGAUAGCUUUUACUACAGGUGCCUGCUCACCUGCCCAAGGAGCUGGUGGGCUGGGCUCAAGACUGGCUGGGAUUGGCUGGAGCCCCGCUUCCUUGUGGCUUGUGGGUGCCAUCAGGCCCACUGGAGCUGCCCGGGAAACAGGGGCUGGGGCUCCUGCCCAGCGUCUGGUGGUGUCCCAAGAGCCCUAGGCCCUGGCAGCACCACAGGGAGACCUGCUCUUCUCCCUGCUGCCAGAUUCAGGAGGAUGAGAGAGGCAGAGGCUCACUCCACCGUCAGGAAGAUGGCUGCCUUUUACCAAUGCGUCAGGCCCGACCCCAGUGAGCUGGACAUGAUUUCCACGAGGGUCAUGGACAUCAAGCUUCGGGAGUCUGCAGAAGGCCUCGGGGAGGACAGCACAGGAAAGAAGAAAUCUAAAUUCAAAACUUUCAAGAAGUUCUUUGGGAAGAAGAAGAGAAAGGAAUCGCCUUCGUCCACGGGGAACAGCACCUGGAAGCAGAACCCGGCCAAGAGCGAGGUCAUUGCCAUUGAGUCAGGGCCAGUGGGCUAUGACUCAGAGGAUGAACUUGAGGAGUCCAGGGGCACACUGGGCAGCCGGGCCCUCUCGCACGACAGUAUUUUUAUUCCUGAGUCGGGACAAGACCCUGCUCGGCCGGUGCGGGUAUUUUCCCAAGAAAAUGUGUGCGACCGGAUUAAAGCCCUCCAGUUAAAAAUACAAUGUCAUGUGAAAAUGGGGCCUCCACCUCCUCCAGGGGGGCUUCCUACCAAGCGGGCAGAGGAUACCGGCAUGAGCUCCGAGGAUGAUGGGCUACCCCGGAGCCCCCCUGAGAUGUCCCUGCUGCACGACAUGGGUCCCGGCAUGACUAUAAAGGUCUCUUUAGUGUCCUCAUCCCGGCCACAGUCUCCAGAGCACACGAACGAUGCCACCAACUCCUCCCGGACCUCUGAUAGCAGCCUGGCACCUGUGGCUGAUUUCAGCUGCCCUCCAGAACUCUCCUCCUGCCUGGACAACUCUGCAGCCAAGCACAAGCUCCUGGUCAAGCCCCGCAACCAGCGGUCCAGCAAAAUGAGGCGGCUGUCUUCGCGGGCCCAGUCUGAAUCCCUGUGCGAUCUAAUAGGCACCCCAGAAGAGGAAGAAUAUGAUGAGAAGCUUUGGCCUCAAGUCAGCACAGAAGAGAACCCCAGCUCUGGACAAUAUGAUCUGAUGCUGCAUAGAGACCCUGAGCCUCGGGGACUGGUCACCUUGCUGCCACCUGGGGGACCCCGUGCCAGACGUGCCCGCCUACAGCACUGCCCAGCACUCAGUGCUAGCGUUGAGGAUGGGCUCUCCCCUGGGGAUGAUGUCUCAAGCUCCCUAGUGAUCCCGGAAGUCAUUGAGCCUGUGGCAGUCUCAGCCCCAUGCUUGGAGUCCCCAUCUCUGCCAGAAAGCUCCCUGCAUCCUAGUUCUGACCAUGAAAUCCAGCGCAGUAAAAUCCAGAAGAGGGGCAAAAUCCAGGACAGUGAAAUCCAGAAGAUGGGGAAAAUCCAGGACAGUGAAAUCCAGAAGGACAGUGAGAUCCAGAAGAGUGGUGAAAUCCAGAAAGACAGUGAAAUCCAGAAGGGGGGCAAAAUCCAGAAGGACAGUGAAAUCCAGAAGAUGGGGGAAGUCCAGAAGGACAGUGAGAUCCAGAAGAGGGGUGACAUCCAGGAGGACAGUGAAAUCCAGAAGAGGGGUGACAUCCAGGAGGACAGUGAAAUCCAGAAGAGGGAUGACAUCCAAGAGGACAGUGAAAUCCAGAAGAGGAGCGAAAUUCAGAAGGACAGUGAAAUACAGUUCAGGGACAAAAUCCAGGAGGACAGCGAAAUCCAGAAAAGGGAUGACAUCCUGAAAGACAGUGAAAUCCAGAAGAUGGAAAUCCAGGAGGAGAACAAAAUCCAGGAGAGUGAAAUCCAGAAAAACAGUGAAAUCCAGGAUAUCGAAAUCCAGGAAAGUGAAAUCCAGAAGGUCAGUGAAGUCCAAAAGGAGCCACCCAUCGCAGGCCCGUGUCCCCUAGUCACGGGCACAGCUGAGGAGGAGGUGUGUGCUUCUGGAGAGAUGGGAAGUCCACCAGCGCCCUGCGUCUCUGAGAGGAAUGUGGCUCCUGCCCAGACUGUCACCACCACCAUCACCUUGGAGACACCCUCGGAUCCAGAGGGUCCAGGCCAACACAUGCAGGAGGAAGAGGGGCCCGCACUGGCAGUGCCAGGACCCAAUGGAGCCGCGGGAGAGCCCCCUGCCCUGGCCCCCAGCCCUCCGAUGCCCAAGAGCUGCCUGAAGCACAGGGCGGCGAGCGUGGGCCUGGCCGGGUCCCCGGUGCAGGGCGCAGGGCAGUCACCCCCGCGGGAGCGCAGCCCGGGUGCCCCGGACGCAGAGGCCCCGCGCCCAGCCCGCGCCAAGGCUGAGCGGGCGGAGCCCUCCCAGGGGGCCCCCGAGAGGGCAGCGCCGGGGCGGAAAAGCGGGAGAGGUGGCGGGGAGCUGCGCAGCGUGAAGAAGUUCUCGGUGUCCUCGAGCAGGGCGCGGUCACGGCCCAGCGCCGCCAGAGCCCCGGAGCCCGCCGGGGUCCCCGGUCCCCGCCUGCCGCUCCUGAGGAGCAGCGGCCUGGCCUGGAAGAGCGAGGCGGCGCUCGACGACCCCCAGGGGCUCCCUGAGCCCGUCAUCGCAAAACCAGACCCUCCGAAGCCAGCAGAGUGCGACCCUCAGGACUCAGGGGACAUUGUGGGCGGCCAGGCCCGGCCAAGCAGAAGCCCCCAGAAUGCCAAGACCACUCCAAGCGGCGCAGAGGCCGGCCCCGCCGCGCAGGAGCCACCCCCAAGCGAGGACAGAAACCCCUUCCCCGUCAAGCUGCGCUCCACCUCCCUCUCUCUAAAGUACAGAGAGGGCACUUCCCAGGAGGCAAAAGGCGUCAAGAGGCACAGUGCGGAGGUGCGGUUAGAGAGAGGACUGACUCUGCCCUCCAAAGAUGAGCAGGGUCACACGGGGGCCACCCCGGCUCUUCGAGGUGCCAGGUCUCCCACUGGCCAAGGAAAGGGGAAGGCCCGGGCACCUGAGCAGCUCGGCUUCAAGCCACCACUACCCAGGAAGCCACUUCUGCAGAGCUUCACCCUCCCGUACUCCUCUGUGACCCCAGAGGCCAGUCCUGGAGAGCCAGAGAAAGUCACCCCACCUGUGGACUCCAGGAAGGAGAGUAGGAUGGCGGAGAAGAAAUCACAGCACAGGGGAGCAGAAAAGAGUCUGCCAACAGGUCCCGGAGCUGACGGGCAGCCCACGCCACCCUGGAUCACCAUGGCCCGGCAGAAGCGGCGAGGGCUCCCAGACCAGCCCCUCACCCAGGAAGACAAGCCUGGGGUGCAGAUCCUGAAACCAGAAACAGGAAAGCAGACCAAGGCAUCCGACAGAGCCCAGGAACCCGUGAAGCAAGCCGACUUUGUCCGCAGCAAGUCUUUCCUGAUGACCCCUGCUAAGCCCACUGUGACCCAGAGGCAGGGGGCAAAGCUCAGUCUCAAGGAGGGUCUGCAACGAGGAAUCUCGCUGUCUCAUCAGAACUUGGCGGCUCAGUCUGCGGUGAUGAUGGAGAAGGAGUUGCAUCAGCUGAAGAGAGCCAGUUAUGCUAGUGCAGAUCAGCCUUCCUGGAUGGAACUUGCCAGAAAGAAAUCUCAAGCAUGGAGCGACAUGCCCCAAAUCAUAAAAUAGAUCAGUGGCGUGCCGAUGGCAAACGUCCACUACCUUGACAGGCCACCUAGUUUAAAACUGCCGAUAAAUUGUGGUCAACAGACUGUGAAACUCUAGAUUGAUUUUAUCACCACGUCUUGACGAUCCCGGGGAAGGGGAAGAAGCCAGGCUCAACAAAGAGGACAAACACACAGCCAUAAUCCCAGGCCGGAGGGGCCCCCAACAAGAACAACAUGGAAGAAGUCCAGGAACCAGCUCCUGUGCCCAGAGGUAUGAAUGCGAGCCUUUUAGAACUCCCUUAGUAAAGAGGCCUCAGACACGGCAAGCCCAGGACAGAAGCCAUCCCAGGAGCCGGUGUGACACCUCCCCUGAGACCAGCCGUGUCUCCGGCCACCGUCUCGCCUGUGGACUGUCUUCUCCUUCUGUGUCACCACCAGGCAUGACAUGUAUGGUAAAACAGGGACGCCAUUUCCAAGAGCAGCUAUAAAACAACCUGAUUUUGUGAAGAUAGCCCGUCUGAGAAGGAGAGAAAGGGACAUAGCAGGGUUCACGAUUCAUAGACUGUUUCCAAAAAGUGAAUUUUUAAACUUUUCCACUAGGCAUCUGUGUCCUUGACCAUUGCACAAUUCAUUGCCUGUUUAAUAAAAGGUUUCAAAGACGCCUCUGUCGCAUA